AUGAAAUACUUCCAUCAAUAUUGUACUGAGAAUUUAUUAGAAUGUUCACUUGUCAAAUUUAAUAAAACUCGUCUUAAUUGUAUUGAAAAGAAUGUAGCAUAUGAAGAAAAAUAUUUAAAUAAAAAAAAACACUUUGAAAGUCUGUUAGAUUUAAAAUUCUGCACAAUAAAAAGUAGAAAUAUAUUUAUCAAGACAAAAGGAUGUGAUGAUAAUUUUAGAGACAAAGGAAAAUAUGAUGAUCCCUUAGGUUAUCUUUCUAAUGAUAAUUUAAUUGAUAAUAAUAAUAAUAAUAAUAAAAUAUAUAAUAAUAUAAAUAAAAAUGAAGACAUUUUAAAUAAUAAUAAUAAUGGUUUAUUAAAAAAUGAUGUGGAAUAUUCUGUUUAUUUUAUAUUAAGACAAUGGAGCGAAAAACAUAUGGAGGAUGAUUAUUUUGAAUACUCAAAAAAGAAUGACAAUAAGAAAAUAUCUGUUUUUAAAAGUUAUGUAAUAAUAGGAAAACAUACUCAUAGAAAUUCUAUAUGCUUAUAUGAAGAAAUCAUUGUUGAAAUAUUAAAUUAUAAUGUAGAUGUUGAUGGAGUUUUUGUGCAGAUACAUGUUAAUAAAAAUCAGAAAAAAAUAUUUUUAUUAUCAACCAAAGAAUGUGUUUUAAUUUAUUAUAAAGAUUUCGAAAGAGAAAAGAAAAAAUGUGAAAUGGAAAAAUUAAAAAGAAAGGAUAUGUUCAUAAAUGAAAAAAUAAAUAUAAAAAAGAAAAAAAAAAAAUUUAAAAUAAAUCCAAUUAAAGGUUAUCUUAUUUUACAUAAUAAAAAAUUUUAUGUAUCUCCUAAAAGAAAAAUUAUUAAAGCAGAAUGGUUUAAUAAAUCAAAUAAUAUUAUUGCUUUAUUAACAUAUGAGAAAUAUUGUUUAUAUGAAUCUUAUAGUUUUAAUUUUAGAUCAGUCUUUAGAUUAAUUAAUAUAAAAAAUAUACCUUUUGAAGAAGUUAAAAUUAUUUUACCAGAUAUGGAUAUACUUCAAAGUAAAAUUAGCGGCAAUUUUGAUUCUUUAAAAGAAAAAAUGGAUAUAUAUAAUAAAAGGGAAGAUGAUAUAAAUAAAAGCAAAAAUAAAGAAGAACACAAUAAUACGUUUACAUCAAUUGACAAGUCAGAUAAUUGUAAGGAUGUUAAGAAGGUUCGUCUGGAUGAUUCCAAAAAUUAUGUAAGUAAUGAUAAUACAAAGGAUAGCGAAUAUGUCGACAAUUUUGAUUAUUCUGCUAAUGAAACUCCUAAUUCUUUAUCAAAGACGGAUGAAGUGUGGGGAGAAAAAAAAAAAAAAAAAAAAAUUACUGAUGAUAUAAUAUCAGAAAAUAAUAAAACAAAACAAAAAGAUGAAUAUAAAAAUAAUUUGUAUAAUUAUAAUUUUUGCAAGAUAAACAAAAUGACAGAUAUGGUAGAAUCUUAUGAAUAUAAGUUAGAUUUAAAAGAAGAAAAGAAAAGAAAAAAAAAAAAUUAUUAUUAUGAUUCUAAAAAUAAUUCCAGCGAAUAUGCUGAAACAUCAAAUUAUUCAUCCUCAUAUGAUAUUUUAAAAGAAAGAAAAAAAAAAAAACAAAUAGAAAUAAAUGGUAAUAUGAAUGAAGGAUUUGAUUCUAUUAUAAAUUAUUAUAAUGAUGAUAUAACAAAUAAUAAUACAAAAGAAAAUGAUGUCCUUUCUGAUGAUUUACAGAAUAAUGAAAAGAGAUAUUUAUUAAAAAAAAUGAAAUAUAAAAAUUUAGUAGUAGAUUUUUCAUUUGGAAUAACUAACGAACAAAUAUUAUGGAUUGAAACAUGUCUGUUUUUAUUAUAUGAGAAUGGAAUUAUUUUAGUAUAUACACCUGUACUUUCAAAAAGAUGUUAUAUAAGUUAUUAUUUAUUAAACGAAAUAAAUGAAAUUAAAAACAAGAGAGAUAUGAUAAUAAAAGAAGAUCCAAAUUAUGAAGAAAAAAAUAAUAAGAAGAAUAAAAUUACUGGUGAUAAUAAUAUUAAUAUAUUUAAUAAUCAAUAUGUAGAAGAUUUUUUAGAACAUUUUGACUACUUUAAAUAUUGUAGUGUAGAAAAAUAUAAAAGUUUUUACGUUUAUAUGAAUUUUUUUGACACAAAGAAGAUAAACAACAACACAAAGAACAACAAAAAGAAUAACAAAAUGAAAGAAUCUAUUAUAUUGGAUAAUGAAAUAAAUUCCCCACAAAAUACAUCAAAAAAUAAUUCAUUUCAAUAUGCUCCUUAUAUUAUAAAUUGUUUAAAAAAUUCCUUGUAUAGUAGUAUAAAUUUAAUAUAUUAUAAUAAUUUAAUUAUUGUAUGUGUAUGUGAUAAAUAUGGAUAUAUUUCCUUUUUUUUAUUAAAUUAUUUUUUAACACCUUUUCUUAUAUCAUUAAAUAAAUAUAAAAAAGAAGAGAACAAACUAUUUUCUUUAUCUUUUGCUAAGACAAAAAAAAAAAAAGAACCUUUCUAUUUUAAUAUAUUUAAUAUUAAUCAAAAUGUUACCUUACAAAAAAUGACAUUACCUAAUAUGAUAAAUCUUAUUAAUAAAGAAAAGUAUGAUGAAUAUUAUGACAAGUUAAAGAAUAAACUUACUCUUAAAAAUAUACUACCCAAAGCUCCAAAAAAAAAUGGAAUAGUUAAACGUAUGUAUGAACGAUUAAUGAUAAAAAAAAAUAAAAUAAAUAAUUCGCUAUCAUCAAAUGGAGGUAAUCAUAUUUUACCAAAUGGAGGUAAUUAUAUUUUACCAAAUGGAGGUAAUUAUAUUUUACCAAAUGAAGAUAAUUAUAUUUUACCAAAUGAAGAUAAUUAUAUUUUACCAAAUGAAGAUAAUUAUAUUUUACCAAAUGAAGAUAAUUAUAUUUUAUCAGAUCAAACAAAAAAGAAAACAACCAAUUAUAUAAAAAGUAUCCCAGAUAACAGUGAAGUUGAGAAAUAUAAUAGUGCCAGUGAAAACAAUGUGAAAAAUAAUAAAUUAGAAAAAUCAAAACAAUUUAAAGUAAAAUUUGAGGAUGAUAAUAAAAGAGAAUAUUUUAAUAAUGAGAUAGAAGAAAAUAUAAAAGGUUAUAAAAAUAAAUAUGUAGAAUAUUACAGAUUGGAUGAAAAUGAAUCAAAUGAAGAAUAUAGUAAAUAUGAUAGAAAUAAAAAGAUUCAUGAAAAAAAAAAUUACAAAAAUAAACAUAAAAAGAAAACCCAAAUAAUAAAAAGAAGAGAAACAAUGAAUAACAUAAAAAAUAUAAAAAGACAAGAAAACCAAAAUGAAGUUAUAAAUCAAGUUGAAGUUAUAAAUCAAGUUGAAGUUAUAAACCAAAUUGAAGUUAUAAACCAAAAUGAAGUUAUAAACCAAGUUGAAGUUAUAAACCAAAAUGAAGAAGAUAUAUAUUUAUCAUGUUAUGAAGAUAUAAAUGAUAUGUAUAAUAUAAACGAUUAUAUAUAUAAUGAUAUUAAUAUGGAAUAUCGUUUGUUGAAUAUAUUAUUUUUUGAUUCAUUUUAUACAGGUAUGAAUAAUAUAAAAUCAAUAGUUUUGUCUAAUAAUAGUUUAUUAUGUUUUAAUAAUAAUAAAGUUAUAGUAUUAAAUUUAAUAUGGUUAAAAUUCUUGAAUGUGAUUUUUUAUUUAUUAUAUGUAAAAAAUUAUUUAUGUGCAAAAUUAGUACAUGAAAUAUGUAAGACUGGAUUAUAUAUGAAGACAUCUAUAUUCAAAUCUAUAAUAAAUUUUUAUGAAUUUGAUUAUUAUAAUUAUCUAUUAUUAGAUUUUACUAAAAAGUUAUGUUAUCAUAAUUUUUCUAAAUUGUUUAAAGUAGAUCAAAAGGUUUUAUUACAUUUUCACAAGCAAGUUAAAAAAGCACAAAAUUAUAAAAAUUAUGAAAAUCAAAAUAAAUACACAAGCAUCAAUUAUCAUAAUAAUAAUAAUAAUAAUAAUUAUUCCAUCAUUAAUAAACAAAAAAAUGAACACUUUGAUCUAUUCCAAUCUGAAGUCUUAUAUAAUGUACAAUAUAUUUUAUUCCCAAUAAUUGUUGAAAACGAACAUAAUAUCCUCUCUAAUAAUAAAAAUGAAGUUUAUUUUAUUUUUAGUCAUUAUAUAAAUACAGAAUGUCAAAGAAAAUAUGAAUUAUUUAUGAAAGAUUAUAUUAAUUUCUUUACAUGCUCAAUUAAUAAAAAUUUAUAUCUUGUAUAUGAUUGUUUCAAAUUAAAUAUUAUUAAAAAUAAUGAACAAAUUAAAAAAAAACAUAUUAAAACAGAUAUACAUUUUAUACAGAAAAAAAAAAAAAUACAUAAGCCAUUCUGUUUAUUAUCACAAAAUAUCAACCCAAGAAAUUUUAUUAUUAAUACUACUAUAGUAAAUGAUGAUACUUUAGAUAUUUCUCUAUAUAAAUUAUUAUUUUCAUUUUUUAUGAAUCUAGGUGCAAUUGAUAGUAAUAUAGAAUUAAUAAAAAAAAACCUUAUAUAUUUUACAGGGAGAUGUAAUAUAUCUGAUAUUCUAAUUUUUAAAUAUUUUUACAAACAUAAUCAUAUAAAUUAUAAAUCAUUAAAAAAUAAACAAAACAAUACAAAAUUUCACAACAAAUAUAUUACAAAUUAUGAACACUCAUUUUAUAGUGAAUCAAAUCAAAGUAAUACUCAUUAUGACAAUAAUGAUCCAUAUGAACAAAAUAUAAACCAUAAAUAUAUUAACAAACAAAAUAGUAAAGAUAAUUCACACAUACAUAAUAAUUCUUCACAAAAUUUAUAUUACCAACAUAAAAUUUUAAACAAAGUAAACCAUAAUAAGAAUAUAAUAAAUGAAUAUGAAAAUAUAUAUAACAAAUCGAAUACAAUAUAUACCCUUUCUUCUAUAGAAUUCAUAAAAUUCAUAUUUUUAUUAUUAGAUAAAAAUUAUUCUACAAACAAUAAUAUAUUCUUUAAAAAAACAUAUAACAAUAAAGUAGAUAAUAAUUUGUUAUUAAAUUAUAAUUUACCAAAAAAAGAUGACCAAUUAAAUCCAGAAAUCAUCAUGAAUGAUAUCAAAACUUUUAUAAUAAAUAGUGAUAUAAAAAAACAUGAAAAUUCAGAUUGUAUUAUUUUAAUAAAAAAAUUAAUCAAAAUAAAAAAUAAUUAUAUAGACGUUAAAGAUUACUAUAUAAAGAAAUAUAAUAUUAAUAUCAAUAAAUCUUACAAACAAAUUAAUGAGAUCCAAUAUUUAGAAAAUAUAUUAAAAACAUACUACUUUUUUCAUAGUCUUAAUACUUAUUAUGAAAAGAAAUUUAAAAAAAUAAAAAAUAAAAUUAUUCAUCUUAUAGCUUUAAAAAUUAUCAAUUUUAUUAAAACACACACAAGUAUACAGACUGUAAGUAAAAAUUUAGUUGAUAAAAAUUCAUCUCUUUUAAAAGAUAUGCAAUUGUGUUAUGAUAACCAAGACUUAAUCAGAAAAAAAUUUUACUUGAUAAAGAAGAAGAUCAUAAUGCAUAACCUUUUAAUUUCACAGCAAGUAAGAAGCACUUGCAUACCAGCAAAAUAA